AUGUUCACCUCCAAGAGCCGCCUCUGUUUGGACUCGGCUCCACUGCAGACAACUUUGAGUCUGGUUAGUCCCCCCCAAUAUCUAAAGCCGACGGUUAACGUGUUCAUGAAAUUGACACGCCUCAUAGGCACCCGCGCCGCGAUUGCGGGAGGUACAACCACCAUUGUAGCCUUUGCACCUCAACGGAAGCAUGAGGAUAGUGUUCUCGCAACCCUCAAUAGUGCCCAUGAACGCGCCCAGGACCAAUGCUAUAGCGACUACUCGUUCCAUCUCAUCAUUUCGAACCCAUGCGCAAACACGCUUGCGGAAUUUCCAGCCUUCCGAGAGUUGGGCAUCUCAUCCGUCAAAAUAUACAUGACCUAUGAAGCUUUACGUCUGAAUGACGAGCAAUUCUUAGAUGUCUUGUUCCAGUCCCGUCUACACAAAGUCACAACUCUGGUACAUGCAGAAAAUGACUCCGUGAUUGCGUGGAUGACCAAGAAACUGCAUGAGCGCAAACUAUAUGCACCAAGGUACCAUACCGCCUCUCACCCUGCAGCCGCCGAGAUUGAGGCCAGCUACCGUGCAAUUUGUCUUUCUGAAUUUAUCGAUACUCCGAUCUUAAUCGUACAUGUUUCCAAUCCUCGAGCCGUUGAGAACAUCCGACAAGCCCAGGCAAACGGGCUUCCCGUUUAUGCCGAAACUUGCCCUCAAUAUCUAUUCCUUAGCAACGAAAACGUGGAUCUGGCUGGGCUUGAGGGGGCAAAGUGUGUUUGCAGUCCACCGCUACGCAACAAAUCCGACCAUGAGGCUAUUUGGGCGGGUCUCGAGGACGGAACGUUUACCAUUCUCUCGUCCGAUCACUCCCCGUUCAAUUUCAACGACUCGAAGUCUGGAAAAGGAUCGAGUGUGACCGCAGAACAUCCCGAGGGACAGUUCCACCUAGUUCCCAACGGAUUCUCUGGUGUCGAGACCCGAAUGCCAUUGGUCCUUUCCGCUGAUCGACUUAAGAUACAGAGAUAUGUGGAGCUGACAUCAACCAACCCCGCCAAAUUGUAUGGCAUGUAUCCGAAGAAAGGCGCUCUUAUUCCCUCGGUCAGUGAUGCCGACUUUGUCAUCUGGUACCCCGAAGGGGAUCUUGAUAUGACUAUCACCAACGACAUUCUUCACCAUAACGUCGACUAUACUCCAUUCGAGGGGCACAAGGUGAAGCAGUGGCCGCGCUAUACCGUGCUUCGUGGACAAGUGGUUUGGGACAGGGAUGAAGGAGGCGUCGUUGGUGCUCGAGGCUAUGGUCAAUUUUUGCAUCGCACAGAAAGCAAAUUGGCAGGAAGUAGGAGUGAGGGCUCUUGGGAUGUUGAGACCGCGUGGGUUUAA